AUGACCCAUUUGAAGUUCAGAGAUGCAGUCAGACAACUAAAAUUUGAAAAUUUUGCUAAAGAUCUCUCCAGUCUCGAAUUAGCCACGUUGGAUACUGCUAAUGUGAAAUCUCUUCACUCAAGUAUCACCAAGUUCGACGCGCAAGUGCAGAAACAGUUGACUGAUUUGGGAUCUUUCAAGAAGUUACAACAUCAUGAGCUUUUGCGUGAACCUGUUUCUUUGGUGAGCGACAACACAAUUGAAGUGAACAAUAUUUUCCUCGAAAUGUUGGAUCAAUCCAGUGCCCAGAACAGAUUGUGCUUGAUCGGCGAGAAGGGUGUCGGUAAAUCUACUUUGAUCACUCAAAUUCAAGCAUUGGCUCUUUCCAAGUUUAACAAGGAUGUCGUUUUAAUGCAUCUCGAUCACCCAGAAAAGAUAGUUGAGGGUUCGAGUGAUUACAUUUUGAACAGAAAGAUGAAAAAGUACCAACAACCAAUGUUCACGAAGAGGUGGAUUAAAAAGUUGCGUGCUGCUAACGAAGAAGUGUUCAAAAAAAUGCCUUUAACGAGAGACAUCAGCUUCACCGCUAAGAAGGUUGAGUACAACUUGAAGAAGGGAGAAAACACUGUUUAUGACUUUAUUUUGCAUAACCAUGACUUUGGUUUAGUUGGUCCUUCUGACGCUUUUCAAUUUUUGAUUCAGGAAUUGAAAGCACACUCUGAAACGUUCCCGGUUUUGGUCUCAAUCGACAACUUUAACGCCUUGAUCGCGGAAGCUUACACAAAAUACUUCCAUCCAAACAUGGUGCCUAUUCAUUUCACGCAGUUUGAGGUGGGCCACUUAAUCAAACAACUCGUUAGUGGUGAACUUUCCUUCUCCAAAGGUGGUGUUUUGCUAGCUGAAAGCAAAGACCUUGGCGAAUGUAAAACAUUGAGAGUUGGUUUAGGAUUAGAGGAGCACAACCCAUACGACAAGAAGAAGGUAUGUGAUUCGCAAUUCGCUGAAUCUAUGCUUCUGAAUGGGGGUGUACAACCCUUGUUUUUGAAAAAUUUCACUAAAGACCAAGCAAGAACAUUGUUGAGUUUCUGGAAUGAAAGUGGUGCUUUACAAAUAAGAGAUUACCCAACAAAGGAUUCUUUCAAGUCUUCAAGUGCUGUUCAGGAUAAGGAGACUAAAUUGGUUGGUGAGUUUGUUGAAUGCUCGGAUCCUACUGCUCAACUAGAGAAUCUUGUGGAGUCUACAUACUUCCAUUCCUCUGGUAAUCCAGGAUCCCUCUUGAAAUCUAACCACUUAGUUUUCUAG